CUCGAAGCUCUCGCUUGGUAAUCAUGAAGCUUCUUGUCGUUUUGCUGUUGGCUUGUGUAUCGUACGCCACAUGUAGCUACGUCCGAGUGUGCUAUCACACUAACUGGUCUCAAUAUCGACCAGGAGCGGGAAGGUUCUUUCCAGAGAACAUUGAUCCUUUCCUUUGUACUCACUUGGUGUAUUCCUUCGCCAAAAUCGCCCAGGACAACAAGCUGGCUAUGUUUGAGUGGAAUGAUGACAAGCUAUACCCAAGAUUCAACAACCUCAAGAAAAAGAAUCCAGGCCUCAAGACCCUGUUGGCCGUGGGAGGCUGGAAUCAUGAGAAUUACAACAGUCCAUUCUCAAGGAUGGUCAAAACAGCAGCGUCUAGGAAGGUCUUCAUCGAUUCUUCAAUCAAAAUGUUGCGAGAUUGGGGCUUUGAUGGGUUUGACCUGGACUGGGAGUACCCUGGUGUACGCGGUGGAUCACCUCCAGGAGACAAGCAGAAAUUUACAAUCCUUUGCCAGGAACUCUUGGAUGCUUUCAAGCGUGAGGCAGCUGCAACCAAUCGUCCCAGACUUCUCCUCACAGCCGCAGUUGCUGCAGGCAAAGCUACCAUUGACAAAGCUUACGAAGUGGGAAAGAUAGCUAAAAUACUCGAUCUGAUCAACUUGAUGGCCUAUGACUUACGUGGGAARUGGGAAUCCAACACUGGACAYCACACAGCCCUAGUAGGACCCCCUGGGGAAAUUCUAACAGUCAACUUCGCUGUACAAUACUGGAUUGAUAAAGGUGCCCCAGCCAGUAAGAUCGCUCUUGGUCUUGGUACAUAUGGACGAGCAUUCAAAUUGGUUGACCGCAACAAGAACGGUUUAGGAGCGGCUGCUCGUGGAAAUCCUACUAAAGGRCAGUACACUCGAGAAUCUGGAUUCUUGGCUUACUACGAGAUCUGUAAAAUGAAUUUGAAAGUGACAUCGACACAGCAAAGUGCAGUKAAGGCUCCUUACGGAUACAGUGGGGACGUCUGGGUUGGAUACGAUGACACAGAGAGCUUGAAAUUGAAAGUCGACCAAAUCAUUAAAUCGAAAGGACUCGCGGGUGCCAUGUUCUGGGCAAUUCCCCUGGACGAUUUCAGCGGUAAUUUCUGUGGUCAAGGUCGCUAUCCACUUAUGAAUGCAGUCAAGAGCUACCUUGGCGGUGGUGGUCCAGUACCUCCUCCAGUUACUUAUCCCCCAGUCACGGAUGGUCCAGUCACGCAACCUCCGCAGCCUCCAGUUACGCAGCCACCGCAGCCCGGUAAAUGCAAGGCAAUUCCACCUUACGACAAACAACCCGGUAUGCAUGAUUGGUGUAAUCAAAUGUGCGCCUUGGGUAACUGUCCUGCUAGCCACUGCAAAUGCUCCUAAUCAAGUACAACGUUGUCAUAAUGUUUGUCGCGCAAUAGUUAAUACUUAGCCUCAUUGUAACUAGUUGAAGAUAUUUAAUAGUAAAGUUUGCGCACUGAGACAAAA